AUUAAAAGAUCCCUAGUCUCUACCAAGAAAUGCUGUGAUUCAAUUUCUCUUAUUGGGCCCGACCUGGGGUGAUUCAUGUUUUGGUAUCCAAGGAAACCGUAGCUUCCCGCCAAGGAAAAAUAUACGAUGAAAAAGCAACCGACUUUUAACUGUUUUAAGAAGCAAUGAAUAUGUGCUUUACUCAAUUGCUGACACUUGACAACAUUAUUGUUUCUCCAUUAACAUCCCUCUCACCAGUAAACCAUGAGCCUAUUUCUCAUUUUAUUAACUCAAAAUUAAUUCACCAAAAGAUAAACAAGAAAAGGCAAAUAGAAGGGGGAAAAAAAAAAAAAAAUCAUCUAUGGAGCUUGAAUUGGGACUCAAGAUCACCAAAACCAGAGAUGAUCUCGCUUCCACCGCUGAUGUUAUGAUUGCCAAAGACCGAGCAGGUCCUGUUUUCUUGUCUAAAGAACAUGACAGCAUGUUCAUCCUCACUGCAUAUCUCAGAGGUUUCAGGAAAGAGAACAUUGAUAUCAAGAUAAAUGAAGAUGGGACGCGGAUAACAGUCAGUGUGGAGAAGCCGGUGCAGGAAAUGGUGAUGAUAGAUUGGAUGGUAUACAAGAAAAGAGUGGAACUCAGGGGUUUUAGAAAGGUUUUCAAAAUUCCUGAUGGGGUGGUGUUGGAUCGGAUCAAAGCCAAGUUUGAUGAAGAAGCUAGCUUGACAAUUGUCAUGCCUAAACGGGAAAAGGGAAUUCGUAGGGUUGGGAUUGAGGAAGUGAAGGAAGAGGAGGUUGAGAGAGAGACAGCAAAACCAGAAAGAGAGCAAGCUGUAGCUGAUGCGGUUCUUGAAAGAGACAACGUCGGAAUGAAACUUCAGGAAGAAUCUAACAACCCCGAGACUGAUGGGGUUGUGAAAGAAAAGGUUGGGAGAGGGAAACCAGAAGCAGUGCAAACUGUAGCUGAUAAAGAGCCUAAAAGAGAGAGAGAAACGCGAGAGCCUGAGAGUAAAAUUACAGAAGAAACUCAGCAGGUGGCAGAGACACCGGAAGAAGCACAAAAGAUUGAGCAUCAUAGAGAAUUAGAAGGAGCCACUAAACAUCCAGAAGUGGCGACAAUGAAACCUACGACUGAAGAAACUUGGAGCAAAGAGCUUCCGGAAUUGUCUGAGCCGACAAAGAAACGGGACAUUCCAAAGGAAGAAGUACAAGAAAAAGGACUGGAGGAAGAACACCUUCACGGCCCAGAGAGGGCUGAACCAUCACAUACUGUAGUGGAUCAAGUGAGUCAACAACCAGAAAUACCACACCAACCAUCAAGUCACCGAACUGAAGUCGAAGAAAAAGGCACAAAGGGAGAAUUUCGUCAAGCAGAACAUGAAAUGCCUCAAGAACCACAAAAUCAGGAGUCACAUACAGAUGUUCGAGAGUCAACAAAAUCCAAACCUGAUCAAGAACCCGUACAAGCAGAAACUCUUCAACCGGAGCGCCCUGUUGAAAACCAUGACAAAGAGGAAGUUAAGGAACGAGAAGAAACUCAUGUUGUACAAAAUGAAGUUGUUCAAGAGGCAAGUAAAGAAAGAAGUUCUCAAGAGAAAGAAGGUGAAUCAUCAGAAGCAGGGAAAAAGAAUGAUCUUGGUGAGCAAGAAACUCGAGAGAAUCAGUCAGAUUCAAAAAUGUGUAAGCUAGGUGCUCCCUGUGUUAUUGCAGGAUCAGCCUUUUUGGUCUCUCUCAUAGUUUUUGUCAUUCACAAGAUUAGAGCUAAGAAAAAUGAGUAAUUUGUGCAUAAGCUGCUUUAUUUCUUUGUUAUUAAGUGUAUAAAUUAACAAUUGUAUUAAAGUUCAUGUGCCAUUAAGGAGAAUUUCAUGGUGUGACAGAGAUAGAAUGAAUAACCUUAAAAGCACAUAAGGUGAACUUGAGGUAAAGUGAGUACCAUUUCAAAGGUGAAAUGACAA